CUCAUUCAUCUAUGUUCAGUCACACUGAGACGGCUUUGUUUGGUGUCUUGCAACCUAUCAUCAUGGAGACGACGAACAAAUUCCGGUCACUGCCAUUCUUCACCAAGGGAGAGAGAAAGAACGUAAAGCAUUAUGUGCUUGAGCCUCAUAUUGUCCUAUCAUUCACCUCUACCACUCACGCUGAUGAGAUGGGGUCGGCCGAGAUGCAUCGGGGAGGAUCUAGUCAAGUUUUUCAAGGCCGAGAUUCAUCCCGAUCAUCAUGACUUCAGCGAUCCAGCUCUAGAACCGAGAUUGCGGCAAAACACAUUCGCGGUUAAAUGUCUCAAUUCGCCAAAGAAGACACUCUUUCAAAAGGAGGUUCGAGUGUUGAAGAAAUGUAGUGGAGAAUCGCACUCACACCUAAUCUCACUUUUGGCGACGUACGAGCAAUUGAAUCGUUUCUACCUGAUAUUUCCAUGGGCUGAAUCCGAUCUCAUGAAGUACUGGAAAGUGCUAAAUCCGAAACCAUCGAACGCCGCGGAAACCAUGUUGUGGAUUGCUGAGCAGUGUCGAGGAAUCUCUGAUGACCUAGUAAGGAUCCAUGAAUACAACUCCUCCGAUCUUCAAGACAUGGAGGCGCAGCUUAGUAGCCAACUGCUGUCUCCGUCUGAUGCGCUCAAUCGAGACAAUCACGAGAGCGAUAAACGGCAGUAUGGUCGGCAUGGGGACAUUAAGCCCGAAAACAUACUCUAGUUUUGUGACACACGUCAAGGUGUUCUCAGAAUCUCGGAUUUUGGUCUUGCAGAGUUGAACAGCCGACUUAGUCGUUCUCAUCAACAUAGAAGUCAAGUGCCCAAUUCUCCCACGUAUCGACCACCAGAAUGCGACUUACGUCGGCGAAUCAUCAGGCAGUCAUACGAUAUUUGGUCUCUCGGAUGUUUGUUUCUCGAAUUCAUCACUUGGUUUCUCGGCGGCAAGGACUUACUCUUUGAAUUUGCCCGGAAACGAUGUUCGC